AUGCAAUCUCUAAAUAACAGUUAAAUAUUCUAAUUUCAUAAACACAAUUUGAUUGCAGAAUAUUUAAUGAAUGAAAACUUUAGAUAAAAUUAUUCUAAUUCUUUUUGGUGGAAAGUCAAAACAAAACUAGAAAAUCUUUUAUUGUAUUAAAAAAGUUAUUCUUUAUUCCAAAAUACUUAAGAAACAUUAUAUCAAAAUAUUUAUUGUGAAAUUGAAACCUCAUAUUUCUUUUUGGAUGAUGAAAAAAAUUUAACAUUUAAGAAUAUCUUAGAUGACGUUUCAAUAUAAUCAAAAAUUUAGAGUUAAUGA